CCAAACUCUGUCACGGGACACACCUCUGUUAUCAUCGCCAUCGAGAACGCCAUCACGCUCGCGAUGAACGUUAUCAAGCCUAUUCUCUCCAAAGGGAGUCAAGUGAGAGAAGUGGAAGUAACACCCGAGGCGGAGAGGCAGUGGGUGAGCAAUGUGCAGGACGAGUUGAACAACAAGACGAUCUGGGGCGGUGGAGGUAACAAGACCGCGGCGGAGUCGUGGUAUGUCAAGCUUGAUGAGAAGACGGGCAAGAGGUGGAACGCGAUGUUGUACCCGGGAUAUCAGCUUGGUGCCUGGUACCGGGCGAGGAAGCCUAGGAAGGAAGAUUGGGUGUAUCAGUAG